AUGCUGGUUAGAUUAUUUUAUAACUAUCCUCCUUUUUCAGUUUCUCCAGAUCCCAAGCCUGAGCUGAAAACUCUAAAGUGGGCCAUAUCUCAAUUUGCAUCUGUGGAGCGGAUUAUGGGUGAAGAUAAAUAUUUCUGUGAGACCUGUCAUCACUACACAGAAGCUGAGAGAAGUCUUCUGUUUGACAAAACACCAGAAGUCAUCACAAUCCACCUGAAAUGCUUUGCUGCCAAUGGCUCCGAGAUGGAUCCUUAUGCUGGCCUUUCCAAGGUGAAUACUCCUCUGCAGACCCCUCUCAAGCUUUCCCUGCAUGAGUGGUGCACUCAGCCUGAUUCUCCAGACCAGAGCCAUCACUACGAGCUCUUCGCCGUGGUAAUGCACAGCGGAGUAACCAUCAGCAGCGGUCACUACACCACUUGCAUCCGCAUGAUGGAUCUCCAUCGCACCACUCUCAGGCUUCAGUCUCAGGAUGAAGAUCAAGACCGAGACCGAGAGGAAGACACGAAACAGAAGAAAGAGGAGGUACUUCAAACAGAGUACGAUGACGGUGAGGUGUCUUUCAGCUUGCCUGGCAGGGGGCAAAAUGUGGCCAGAGUCAGCAUGUCCAGCAAAUCAGGAAGCAAGAGGUCCUCCGAGGGUGUUGGGCUUUUAGGAGGACAGAGAAGCGUCACCAGUUAUGAGCUUAGCAACAGCAAUCAAACCAAUCCAGAGAAGACUUCCGGCUCGGCCAGUCGUGCCGCCGGUUCUUUGCUUCAUAACACAGUGAAGAAAGAGACCGAGGAAGAGGGAGUUGAUGCUAUGGGCGACGGGACCCAGGUGAGUUUUGACCUCGCUCUGCGGAACCUUUUGGACUUUGAGGGAAAGUGGAUGCUGUUUGAUGACUCCGAAGUGAGACUCUUUGAAGAAGAGGACUUCCUCAGAGCCUGUUCCCCCGAGACAUGCUCCACCUCUACACCUUACCUGCUCUUCUACAAGAGAGUCUCUCAGUAAAAACAGCCGAAGGGACUCGGUUACGAAGUUUUACUGGCAAGACGUGGACUAUGAAAGUACGUUUGCAGGCAACUGGAAAAGCAAGUCAGGAUGUGUUAAUAGUCGAUAUGUAUGUUUGUGUAACUAGUGUCAGUGAAAAGCCGAUGUGAAUCUUUCAAGGCCAUGACAUUUGUUGCCACUUUUUUGUUUGACUGUUUUUGUACUUUAUCUUCUUGUUCAGUGAGUCCAUGUCAUCUGCUUUUCAGUGACCCUCAUGCAAACGCGUACCUUGGCACUUAUUGCAGCAGUGCAUGUGACAGUUUUCCUAUACUUUCAAGCAUUCCAUAGAAGCUCCAAUAAAUAGCACAAAAUGAUUUCUUGUGCACUGAAAUUUUAUAUAUUUUUUAAAAAGAUAAAUUCUGGCUUGUUUGGGUUUUGUCUCAAGUAUGAAUUCACAUUUUUGAUGUCCAUUUUGGAGGGUAUUAUUAAUAGCUUAAAAACCCAAAGUAGAUUUCUAAUUUUUUAAUCUCUUCAUUUUUUGAUACUAGAAAGCACAGGCAAUGUGUUUUGUUUCCCGCUGCAGACUAUAUGCACAGAGAGAAUCAAAUUUAGGUGGGCAACCUCGAAAGUACAGAGUGUAUAAUUUGUCUAUAAAUGACCACAGGGAUAAAGUGACCUAUUUUUCUAGGUUUAUAGUUUAUCAGCCAUACUUCAGUCCAGUCUAAGAAGCUUUUCUUUCCUAUGUUGUGAGCAGGCCCUGCUAUUACACCAAGAUCUCUAUGAGCAAUUAAUAAAACAAUUCACGAGAAUCUCUUACAUUCUGUUGUAUAUUUGAGGAGGCAGGGAAAAUGUAAUUAUUUUUCUAUUACCUGGUUAUGUAGAUUCUUAUUUGCCACAUUAAAAUACCAACAUAUAAAAAUAAAAGUCUUUUGGUGC